AUGGCGGACGGCAAACCCAGGCGAUCGUUGUUCAAACGCCCAACGUGGGCUUCAGCUGCCCCAGCCGCCGCAUCAGCAUCCCCAGAUCCGACUGCCAAACCGGAAGAAGCAACCGAUCUUUUCAGUCAUUCGAAUACUUUCAACGAGCUCGUCGAGGACCGCCAGCGCCAACGUCAACGUAAGAAGAGCGACAAGGAUGUUCUGAGGCGGAGUCAAACGAGUGAGACAAAGGACGAAGAGUCGCGAGCGGGCAAGCGCAGGCGCAUAAGCGAUGAGGAUGGCGCAGAGCUCUCCACAAGCACCAAGAACAAGGAGUCAGGGAGAAAGGAAUCAGUACAAGCGUCUGCCGGCUCGGAAAGCUUUGCGAUAGCUCCUACACCACAAAAACCAAGACCGCGGCAGGAGGCUGUUAUAGAACUACUCGACGAUUCGGACGAAGACGAGCCUGUCAGCCACAGCAAUGCCACCGGCAACAACUUCCCGUCCAACACUACGAGUCUCGAACCUACACCCGCCGCAGAAGAUCCAGAUGCCGACUUGGACGCCGUAUACUACUCAGACCCGGAGAUGCGCGAAUACGCCCGACAAGCACGUGAGAAGAGACGGAGAGAGGAGCGAGAACGAAGUGAAAUGGGUGCUCAUGAUCCGACCGUCAAACUCCUCAUCACAUCGCCGUUGCCCGGUACCGGUCCUUUGAUCGUUUCCCGAAAACUAUCUCAAGAUCUACAAGUCGUACGCGAAGCCUGGCUUAGCAAGCAGUCACUAGAGUCAUCAAUAGCAAGUCGAAUCUUCUUCAUCUUCAAGCUACGGAGGGUCUAUGAUGUCACUACCGUCCGCAGUCUGGGUAUCAAAGUCGACUCGUUCGGCCGUAUCAUGACCAAUGGCCCUUUCGCAAAUACCGACGACGAGCAUGCAGAGAAAAUUCACAUCGAGGCCGUGACGGAGGAAGCAUGGCAAGAACUCAAGGACAAAAAGGCAGCUGCAUCAAAGCCGAAAAAGUACCUCAGUAGUGCUGCAGGUACAGACGGAAGACAUGGCAGUGCAGAGGGUACACCUGCAGUGGAUGGCGAAGCCGCAGUCGAAGAGCCUCUGAUCAAAAUCACACUCAAAGCAAAAGGUCACUCGGACAUCAAGAUCAAAGUACGGCCGAGCACGACUUUUGUCAAGAUGAUCAAUGCAGCGAGGCGAAGUUUCAAACUCGAUGCAGAACGCAAAAUCUUCCUCGAGUUUGACGGCGAAAGACUGGAGCCGCCGGAAGGUCUUGUCAAGGAUACUGACAUUUCAGACAUGGAUUGCAUUGAUGUUCAUAUCAAGUGA